UUAGAUUUUAUUUGUAUGGCGCCUACAGUGAGAUGGUUGGGGCUUACAUGAACUUAAAUAUCAAGCCCAAUUCAACAGUGAUAGAUGAUGGCAGUAAAGAGCAACUUACUGCGGUUGGAUACACAAGAAGUUAUCUCAAGACCUUCGUCUUCCACUGUAUAGCAUUACUAUGCAUAGGCUUGCCAUAUGUUCUUAUCUACUGGCACAAUGUUUUUGGAAUCCGUUGGCAGUAUGUUCGCUGCCCUAUAGAUGAAUCUCAAGUCUUGGUGUUAGAGGAUGUCCAUGGGCAAACAUAUAUUGCAAAAGUGCACCAAGAAAUUGUUGGGGAUUACUUUCCUGAUGAAUACUCUCUGCUAUCAAAGGAUGAUUCAGAGAGAGAGGAAGAUUCUGAAACCAGUAAAUUGUUUGAAGAAGAUUCUGUGCCCUACUCGCGUUAUUUUGUCCAUCAACAUGUCAAGUACCUGUGGAGCAAAAGGUACCAGCGAUUUCAAAUGCUUACGGGAAUCGAACAAGGCAUUCAGCUUUGCGAUUUUCACACUUUCGAAGGGCAAUCAGUGCAAAUUCAGGAAGCAAAGCUACAGUUACACGGCUUCAACACAAUGUCCGUGGACGUCAAGUCCUAUUGGCGUUUGCUAAUAGAUGAAGUUCUCAAUCCAUUUUACCUUUUUGAGAUCUUUAGUUGCGUGGUUUGGACAGUCGAUGAUUAUAUUUACUAUGCCGGAUGCAUUUUUGUGGUAUCGAUUAUAUCCGUAGGCGUUGCCCUCUACGAAAUUCGCAGGCAAAGUUCAACAUUGAAAAAUAUGACAGCAGCCCACAUAUCUUCCAUGGUUACCGUUUCUCGUGGCGGAGAAGUUUAUGAAAAUAUUUAUGCCAGCCGGUUGGUACCUGGAGACGUUAUUGUUAUACCUCCGACGGGUUUCUUGGUUCCUUGCGAUGCCGUCCUCGUGGCGGGAACAUGUAUUGUGAAUGAAAGUGUCUUGACAGGUGAAAGUGCGCCCGAGACAAAAACGCCUGUUCCUGAUCUGGACGAACCCUAUUGUACCGAUAUUCACAAACGGCACACGCUCUUCUGUGGUACACAAAUUCUUCAAACGCGCUAUUAUGGCCAAGAUAAAGUCUUGGCAGUUGUAAUUAGGACGGGUUUCACUACUGCUAAGGGCGAGUUAGUCCGCUCGAUCUUAUACCCGAAGCCUAUAGGUUUCAAGUUUUAUAUCGACUCGCUCAAAUUCGUCUUGUUACUUUUCGGCGUGGCCCUUUGUGGCAUUACCUAUUGCGUCUACGUUUAUAUCACGAAAGGGGCUACGCUUUGGGAAAUUGUCAUACGUGCUUGUGAUAUGCUAACAAUCGUCGUUCCGCCCGCCAUGCCCGCCGCAAUGACGGUUGGAACAGUGUACGCUCAGUCACGUUUGCGCCGUAACGGCAUCUUUUGCAUUUCGCCACCACGCAUCAAUGUGUGUGGCAAAUUAAAGCUCAUGUGCUUCGAUAAAACAGGAACCCUGACAGAAGGUGGUCUCGAAUUUUGCGGAGUGGCACCGCGAUCAAAAGAUGAAAAUGUUUUUGCUGAUCUUGUUCGUGAUCCAGCACUUCAACUGAAACAAGAUGAUCCAGUUUUAGUAACUCUCGCGGCGUGCCAUACUCUUACCCGAAUCGAAGGUCAAUUGAUCGGUGACCCUUUAGAACUGGAAAUGUUCAAAUCAACUCAAUGGAUUUUGGAAGAACCGGGAGCAGAUAUAACUCGUUACGAUGUUAUGGCUCCUAUUGUUGUCAAACCCGUCACUCGCGAUACGUUCCUGGGUGUUCAUGGUUUUGAUUUCGCUGAAACGGGAUUCGAAAUACCAUAUGCAGUGGGUAUCGUACGCCAGUUUCCAUUCAGCUCCAGCCUACAAAGAAUGUCGGUAGUUGUCCGAACUUUAGGUAGCGCUCACAUGGAGCUGCUAUGUAAAGGGUCGCCUGAAAUGAUUCGAACACUUUGCGUGGAGGCAUCCGUGCCAGCAAAUUUUGCCAAAGUUCUAAGAUCAUUCACAAUGCGUGGUUUCCGUGUACUUGCAUUAGCUCAUCGCGUAUUAGAUCGACGAUUGACCUGGCACCAAAUGCACCGCAUGAAGCGAGAACAAAUGGAAUGCAAUCUGAACUUCCUUGGUCUACUCGUUAUGCAUAAUACUCUCAAAUCCGAAACGACCCCAGUUGUUCGACAAUUGCGUAACGCUAGCAUUCGAUGUGUUAUGGUUACUGGUGACAACCUGCUAACUGCAAUUAAUGUGGGAAGAGAUUGUGACAUGCUUCCUGUAGGAGAAAAAGUGAUACUUGUUACAGCUACUUCACCGAAGGGUACUACCCGUGCAUCCAUUACCUAUUCAUUGGCUGAAAUGUAUGAAAGGGAUUUAGAAGAGAGUGGUGUCUUGUCGUCGUCAGAGUCAGAUGCCAUGUUUACUGAGAGCUGGCCAGACUCGGUAUUCCAGCCAAUGGAAAACAUAUCGCGUAUGUGGCGCAGACAAGCUCUUGUUUCCGAUGCUGAAAGAGGAUUGGACAGUAACCAUCUAACUCCACGAUUACAUUUGGCUCUUGGGGGGAAAACCCUAGACGUCAUUCGUAAACAUUUUCCUCAUUUACUGCAAAGAAUCCUUGUGCGAGCAACCAUUCUAGCUCGGAUGACACCUGAUCAGAAAACAAAAGUGGUGGAAGAGUUUCAAGAACUUGGUUACGCUGUUGGAUUUUGCGGGGAUGGAGCUAAUGACUGCGGAGCUCUUAAAGCAGCUCAUGUAGGCAUUUCUUUGUCGGAUGCUGAGGCAUCCGUGGCUGCUCCCUUCACUGCUAAAGCUGGAAACAUUUCAUGUGUCCCGACUAUCGUCCGUGAAGGUCGUUGUGCCUUAGUCACCAGUUUCGGGGUGUUUAAGUAUAUGGCACUCUACAGCUUGAUUCAGUUCAUAUCCGUACUGAUCCUAUACUCGCUACGCACAACUCUUGGCGACUAUAUGUUUCUCUAUCAUGACCUGUUCAUCACGACAACGGUUGCCGUUCUAAUGGGACACACUGAUCCCUACCCAAACCUCGUGGUUCACCGCCCUAGAGGGUCGCUUCUUACCAGCUCAAAUAUGCUGUCUUUAGUUAUGCAAAUAGCUUUGACGGCGGCCAUACAACUCGGUGCCCUGUUGCUCUUAAUGCUGCAGCCCUGGUAUCACCCUAUACAUCCCGACGGCGAUGAAGUCAUUAUUCCGUGUUGGGAAGUAACCGUCAUCUUCUCGAUAAGUUCAUUUCAAUACCUUAUUCUUGCGCUUGCAUUUUCCUACGGACCUCCUUAUCGACAGCCAUUUUAUACCAACAAACUUUUUCUCUUCGCCCUGAUUGUCCUAACGGCAUUCUCUCUAGUCCUGACAUUGCUGCCGAUCGGGCCGCUGGCCGACUUUUUCCAAGUGAUGGGGAUCAACGUGAAUCCUUUUCACUGGUACUCAGAGGAUGACGGUGGGAUUCCUGUUGGUUCCACAAGGACUGAUGACGACGACAACAUGUACCUGUUCCGCAGCUGUCUGAUACUUCUAGUUAUAUUGCACCUUUCUGUGGCUCUUUAUAUUGAAAAUUUGGUCGCUGAAAACGAGUCCAUUCAGCGUCCAGCAAAUGAUCCUCGCAACUCUGAACCAAAGAACAAGUACAAGAAGGUAGAGCUGGACUUAGCCACGGAAAAGGACUGGCCACCGCUGGGUCAAGCCAGUACAAGUGAAAUUUUGUCACUUUAAAUCUUUAAAAACAGAUCGCGUAGUGAGUUUCGAAAAUUAGUUCAAAUCCACCAUUAUAGUUGUGUUCUUCAUUCUAAGUGUGCUUAAUUCCAAAAUGUGUGUUUGACUAGCGUUUAAUAUAAUAUUCGUCUAUCGUAACCAAUUGUCCUAGCAAAUUUUGCUUAUCCAAUAAGCAUAUUACUUUAGGUAUGGACGGAAUGAGUGGUUUUUCUACCCCCCCCCCGCCCCUUUUUUUUGCAUGUUCGUCUAGCAAUUCAUUCCUAAUAUUGUGUCAAAAUCGGACAGAAACCAUUUUCAAGUGUGUCUCACGUGUUGUUAGUCA